AUGGUCAAUCAUCCAGGACAAGACUAUCAAGGCGCUGGCAGACCAAGCACUCAUCAACAACGACGCCAGAUGGAAGGGCAUCUGGACGAUCCCCCAGAUGGUCGCCCCCACGGCCCGCGCGCAGUGGAUAUCGACACUCAGGUCGCAGUUGGAUUCGACCAAACAGAGGGGUUCGUUCGUCUCUGCAAGUUGAAGGUCGACGACAAGGACAAGAAGACAUUUCCGGCAUUGAGCCAUAUUAUCUUUCAGUCCAAGCAGGAAGGCAAGGGACACCAGUUCAACCGCGAACAUAUCAGCAUUCCGGAGGUACGUGAAGCCUUGCACGAGCUCACGCAAGCCUAUCCCGAGAUUGGGGUGCACUGGGUGGGACGCCCAGGGAUGUGGCAGAUGCUUCGAGGGAAUAUCUCACCCCUCCUGACGUGCUACAGCGCGGCUAAUAGACCGCCACUACCAACAGAGAGUCUGUCCGUUCCGAAAGACCUUUCCAACCGAUUCCGGCGAACACUCCGGUGGUUCGGCUCGGCUAAGCAUGUCAAGGAGAAGGAGACAUCGAGCAUAUCAGACGCAAUGAGCCAGCUUGGUACCUCACUCGCCAGCCUGCAGAGGGUGAGCGUGAGUGAGUUUACGGUGUACAUUGGCGGCGUGAAGGGGAGGAGUGACGUGAUCGGGACUGUGAAGGUUGCGGAGCCGGACUUGAGGGAGGAGGCCGGGGAUAGAGGAUGCGCGUUUGUGUUGGCUCACGGUCCGGUCUGA